AACUGAUGAUGUGUUCAAUGAUGACAUAUCAAAUGUAAGAGAAAGUAAUUCAACAUCAAUGGAUUCAUUUCCUAGAGUGAGUAUCAAAGAGAAACGGGAGUCUUGCAGGAGUAGUAAACAACUUAAAGCUAAGUUAAAUGUGGUAGAAGAAAGAGAUGAUGAAAGAAGUGGUUCAACCAGAGUAAAUGAUGAUGUAAUUGAUGACUCGUCUAGUGAUCUGCAGUCAUCAGAUGAAGAGUUUGGAAUAUCUGAGGCAGAUGCAAUUGAUAAUGAAUACACAGAAGAGGAUGAAAGCACAGCAACAGAGGAGCUCAAACCGGGAGGUGGCAGUAGUGGUGUAGGCAGUGAUAUUGCCGAAGCAGAAUUUGAUCCACAUGACGUUGAAUGUGUGUUUACAGACACAAGUGAUGAUGAAUGUGAUGAUGCAGAGUGUUCACUAAACAUCUCCGUGAAAAGAGAACAACUUGAUGCACAAGAGAGAGAAACAGAACCGGAAAAUACUUUGGCCACAGCAGCUGUGACUGAUGAAAGCAGUGAUGUGCAGGUGAAAGUAGAAAAGGCAGAUCAAGGAGACCAGGAAAACAAAACCCAUUCACCACCAGCAGAAAUAAUGUGUGAAAUCUGUAAAGGACAGUUCGUCACAGAAGAUGGUGCACCCGAACUUGCACGCCACAUGAAUGUUUCGCAUGGAUUUGCAGUGUCUACCUAUGGUGUUCGUCAGUUCACAUGUGAUGUGAAUCAGUGUGGUGAAUCAUUUGGCUCCCAGACUGCUUUAGACCACCAUAUGACAAGAUUGCAUGAAGGACCACCUGCUAGUUCCAGUUCAGAAAGUACAACCGAAUACGGAUGUCCAUUUUGUGCUAUUCGAUCAUGUGUGAAAGCUGCUCUACGCCAGCAUAUUUUCUCUGCCCACUCUAAAGAAAGCGCACGUGAAUCACCACCCCAAGAGCUCAGAUAUCAGUGUCGACAUUGCAACAUUGGAUUCUGGAGUGUAGAAGAGAGAAAUGACCAUCACGUUCUGAAGCAUGAAGACCAGAUUGAGAACUUCUACAAGUGCUGUAUCUGUCAGCGGGUGUAUGCCAGUAAGUUGUGUCUCAAUCGCCACAUGCGCCUGGAUCAUGCAAGUGAGCAUCUGUAUUCAUCUCUGGCAUACAAAUGCCGUCUCUGCCUGACUCUCAUCCCAUCAACAUUAAUGUUGCGCCAACAUUUCCGAGAAUGUCAUCCAUCAUCUCUGGUAUUCCACUGCCAUCGAUGCAACACCACACUCAAGACUAAGAAAACACUGAAAUGCCACAUAAAGAAUGUACAUUCAGAGGAGAGGAGAAGAGAUUGUGGCUUGUGUGGAAAAGUACUGUGGAGCAAACGAGCUUACGCUAUUCACUUCCGUAUGAAGCACAGUGCUCAGUCUAAAGUUGGAUUCCGGUGUCGUAUUUGUCAACAACGCUUUGAUUCUAAAGAUGAAAGGAAACUGCAUUACCAAGUAGAUCAUUCAGGAGAAAGUCCAUACCAUUGUGCUGAAUGUGGCAAGGGGUUUGCCUCAAAAUCUGGAAUGUAUGGCCAUCGGCAGCUGCAUACUGGUUCUGGUAUCUCAAAGUGCGAGUAUUGUGGCAAGGAGUUCACCCGAAAGGACAGCUAUAAUGAACACCUUCUCAUCCACAAUGGUCCAAGACAUAAAUGCCCUCACUGCCCAAAAGAAUUUGUACAAAGAUCAAACUUAGUCAGACAUAUAAGGAUACAUACUGGAGAAAAACCUUACAAGUGCCUCUACUGUGAGAAAUGUUUCUCUGACAAGGGAGCUUGCAAUUCCCACAUUAGAGUACACACUCGUGAAGAAACAUGUAGUUGUCCAUACUGUGGGCAGACCUUCUCAAAGAAACAGAAACUGAAGUACCAUAUCCGGAAACACACUGGGGAAGGUUUAAUGACUUGCGAGAUAUGCAAUAAAACAUUCACAAAUAGUUUUGCACUAAAAGAGCAUCGUGUCAUCCACAAUCGGCAGACCCAAAUCCUAUGCCAGCAGUGUGGAAAGGGAUUCAACAGUGAAAAAUACCUCCAACGACAUGUGGCCAUAGUGCAUGAGCCGACAAAACUUUUUGCUUGUCCUUUGUGCCCUAAGGUGUUUUCACAGCACGGUCGUCUUAAGGCACAUCUGAUGACACAUACUGGUGUGAAGCACAUGAAGUGUCUGUUAUGUGAGAAAGCUUACUCUGUUCGGAAGUCAUUACGCAGACAUUUAUUGGAAAAGCAUCAAGUUUCACCAGAACACCCACAGUAUAAAAACUGCUUCUAUGCAAUGUCGGCUGCAGAAGCGGGCUUGCUUAUUCCAGAGGGAGCAGGUCCAUUUGUGCCCCCCGAUGAUGAUUCCACCAGUCAGUCAAAGGAUGAUGAAGAUUAUCAUCCAAAGAAACCACCACCUCGUAAAUUCCCUCGAAAAACACCUGGCAGGAAAGGACCAGGAAGAAGAGGUGUAUCAAAGGGCUCUGCAGCGUUUGAAGUGUAUAACUCGCAGGAGGGUGGUUCACCGUCUGGUGAAGUAGGUGAAGUGAAGAGGACCCGUAGAAAAUAUAACACAAAAAAGAGGCAGAGAGAAGCAGCAGAGGCAGCUGCCUUGGCGGCUGCUGCUGGAGAUGGAGGUGUCACUGGUACAACAUCUGACUGUGCCAUUCCUGCCCUGUUGGAUACAGAACCUGUAAGUCCGUCAUCAACAGAUGGACCAGCUAGGAGAACACGCCAGAAGUCAUCUCCGAAAGUAGCACCGCCGUUGAUCUUUCAUAUGGACUCCAGCAGCAGUGCAGAUGAAGCUCCUAAUUCUCCUCCUCCACCUAAAAGAAAGGUGGGUAGGCCUCCCAAACGUCAACAGCCAUCUACAGCACAGAUGAAGAAACUCCAAUUGGCAGGCAAAAAGAAACGCAGGGUGGAAGCAAUUGUGGAGAUUCUUCAGAAGACUAGCAGUUCUCCAAGUAGUGCAAGUCCUAGGGAAGAGGAGGAAGACCGAAGCUUAAAAGGCUCAGAAAUUAAAUCUGAGUCCACAGGUAGAACUUGUCCAGACCCUGACAGUGACGAUGCGCCAGUCUUGGCCAAAAUUUUGCCUCUUAAUUGUCCUCAGAAGCAAAGAAAAAGCUCAUUCGAAUCUCAGCCUAGUGUUUUCAGGGAGGAGGACAAGAUGUGUUAGUUUAGAAUCUUUAAAUAAUACAAUGCCAAAUGAUAGCAUAAAAAUUUUUGUUUCGGCAGACAUUUUUAAACAUCUUUUUGUAUUCUACCCAAAAAUUUCUGAAAUGAGUCUUUUCUUGUGAAUAUUCAUAAGAAAUUAUUGUGAUGUUUAUCUUUGUCCCUGUUCAGAGAAGUUUGUUAUGGACAGGUGACAUGGUUGUGAAAAUUUCUUUGCCAUUAUGAGCAGAGUGCAUAUUUGUCAGAUACAGUAGUAAUGAGAAA